AGAGUCCCCGUUGCCAUGGCUCCUGAAUUCCGACGGGGACGCGCUGAGGAGCAGGGGUGAAGGGUGAAAAGCGUCAUUCGAGGUCCGGGUCCGGCUUGCGGGGUCAGCGAACUGGAGAGGCGCCAUGGGCUGGAUCACAGAAGAUCUUAUUAGACGGAAUGCUGAACACAACGACUGUGUCAUUUUUUCCCUGGAGGAACUCUCGUUGCAUCAGCAAGAAAUAGAAAGACUAGAACACAUUGAUAAAUGGUGCCGGGAUUUAAAAAUUCUCUAUCUUCAAAAUAAUCUUAUUGGGAAAAUUGAAAAUGUUAGCAAACUCAAGAAACUUGAAUAUUUGAAUUUAGCUUUAAACAACAUUGAAAAAAUAGAAAACUUGGAAGGAUGUGAAGAGCUGGCAAAACUUGACUUGACUGUAAAUUUCAUUGGAGAGCUGAGCAGCAUUAAAACCUUGCAGCACAAUAUCCAUCUGAAGGAGCUCUUUCUCAUGGGGAACCCAUGUGCUUCCUUUGACCACUAUAGGGAGUUCGUGGUAGCAACUCUUCCACAAUUAAAGUGGUUGGAUGGUAAAGAAAUAGAGCCUUCAGAAAGGAUUAAGGCAUUGCAGGACUAUUCAGUAAUUGAACCACAAAUCAGAGAGCAGGAAAAAGAUCACUGUCUUAAACGAGCCAAACUCAAGGAAGAGGCUCAGAGGAAACACCAAGAAGAGGAUAAAAAUGAAGACAAGAGAAGUAACGCAGGCUUUGAUGGACGUUGGUACACAGACAUCAAUGCUACUCUUUCCUCUUUAGAGAGCAAAGACCACCUACAGGCACCAGACAUAGAGGAACACAACACAAAGAAAUUAGACAACAGUGAAGAUGACUUGGAAUUCUGGAAUAAGCCCUGUUUGUUUACUCCUGAAUCAAGAUUGGAAACUCUUAGACACAUGGAAAAACAACGGAAAAAUCAGGAAAAAUUAAGUGAAAAAAAGAAGAAAGUGAAACCACCCAGGACUUUGAUCGCUGAAGAUGGGAAAGCCCUAAAUGUGAAUGAGCCCAAAAUUGACUUCUCUUUGAAAGAUAAUGAAAAGCAGAUCAUCCUGGACCUUGCUGUCUAUAGGUAUAUGGAUACCUCUUUAAUCGAUGUUGAUGUGCAACCAACUUACGUGCGAGUAAUGAUCAAAGGAAAGCCAUUUCAGCUUGUCCUUCCUGCAGAAGUGAAACCCGAUAGCAGUUCUGCUAAAAGAUCUCAGACAACGGGUCAUUUGGUCAUCUGCAUGCCCAAGGGUACCAACCAAUUGAUGAGAAAAGCUCUACUGUCACUGUUUAUGAGUCUUAAACAACUGCAGCAUUCUUUUCCCCUUUUCCUUUAUGUUUUUAAUCUGUCUAAAUUUUUCACAUCAAAAACACAUGAAAAUAAUAAUAAAUGGCUUAUUGAGGAAAGAGCAUUUUAGAAGUGCUUGAUUGGAGAUGAAAUAAUUUAUAUAUAUAUGGACUAGGAAUAGUUCUAUUUUCAUCAUUAAUAAAUUAUGAAUAAUAUUUUCCCUUGAGGGAUAUAUUUUUUAAGAUUUUCGACUACUAUGUUAAAGUAAUAUUGAUGUAUAAGUUCUUCGUUUUCUAUCAUUAUUCUUUUUAAAAGGUAGAUAGUAAAAACAAACUUUGGGGAAUAAUUUCUUGCUGAAAAUUUGUCGUCUUUUUCAUCCAUAAGUAGUUAUUUGCAAGGAUCUUAAAAACCACCAAAAGUUUAAAAAAUUCUAAUUUCAUUUAUACUUAAUAUUAAAAAUGUAUAUUUCUGAAAGUUAACAUCUUUCCAAUUAUUAUUGAUUGAAACAUUUUAAGUACCAAAGUUUAACCCAUGGAGCUAUUCUGUAUUAGUCUGGACUUAUGAACUUACUGUGGAAUUGUGUGAGUCUGACCUGCAUUAUAAUUACUGAGGGAAAUUCUUGGAGUUAUGAAACAUACUGUAAGAAUCAACAUUUGUCCAUCAUCAGACAAGUUGAUGAAGAAACUGUGAUAUGUGUGUGUGUGUGUGACCGUUUAAUAUGAUAAAAUAUCAUUUAGCCCUAAAGAGAGUGAGAUUUUGCCAUUUGCCACAACAUGGAUGAACCUGCAUAUUAUGCCAAGUGAAUUAAGCUAGACACAGAAAUAGAAAUAUUGCUUGAUGUCAUUUAUAUAUGGAAUAUUAAAAAUAAAUUCAAAUAUACAGAGAUAGAGAACAAAACAGUGGUUACUCAGCGUUUUUUCAUGAUGUCAAAUUAAUAUUUUACUCUUUUCUUACUCCUAAAUGAGGCUGGAUCUAUACACUCUGGGUAUUGACCAAUAUGCAAGUUUCAUCAGUUUGUCUCUUCCCUGUCAUGUGGGUCAUGGUUAUGUUUUGUGUUGCUGCCAUGUCAGUGGAUGUUCCCAGCUCAGCCCGUUGUUCCAAGAGGUUUCACUUUGUGCUAGCUCUGCAAUCCUAGGUGCUUCCCAACACUCACCACUGGGUCGAUGGCAUACUACAGAUUGCUGUAAUACACAAAUAUCACAGUCCCUAGUAUACAGCCACAUUUCCCAGAAAGUCAGUUGUCACUGUACUUCCUUUACCGUUUUAACAAGGGUCACUGUCUAGGCUAGAAGUGGCAAGUGAAGUAGUGGAAGAGGUGUACUCUGGCCAUCUCAUAAAGAUAGCAUCCAGCAACGGGGGAAUCAUAAAAAAUGGUACACCUGCAUAGAGCACUUACCAGGAAUGGAGGCUGCAGGACUGGAAGUUGCUCUGGGUGAGUCAGCAAGUGAGUGGUGAGUGAAUGGGAAGAUCCAGGAUGACUAUACACUACUGUGGCUUCAAAACACUGUACCCUUAGGCUACACUAAAUUUAUUUUUGAAGUGUUUCUUUCUACAACAAUAAACAACUGUAACAUUUUUACUUCAUAAGCUUUGUAGUUUUUUUCCUAAGUUUUGACUCUUAUAACACUUAGCUUAAAACCCAAAUACAUUAUACAGCUAUACAAAAAUAUUUCCUUUCUUUAUACUCAUAUUCUGUAUGCUUUUUUCCAUUUCUAAAAAUUUUUGGCCAGAUGCAAUGGCUCAUGCCUGUAAUCUCAGCGCUUUGGAAGGUUGGGGCAGGAGCCCAGGAGCUUGAGACCAGCCUGGGCAACAUAGUGAAGCCCAAUUUCUACAAAAAUAAAAAUAAAAAUUAGCCAGGAACUGUGGCUCAUGCCUCUAGUCCCAGCUACUCAGGAGGCUAAGGCAGAAGGAUGGCUUGAACCUGGGAGGUAGAGGCUACAUUGAGCCUAGGAGGUCCAGAGGCUACAUCGAGGCUGCAUUGAUUGUGCCACUGCACUCCAGCCUUGAUGACAGAGCAAGACCCUGUCUCGAAAAAUAAAAAUAGUUUAAUAUUUUAUUUGUUUACUUUUUAAAAUUUUUUGUUAAAGACUCAAACACACACAUUAGCCUAGGUCUACACAGGGUCAGGAUCAUCAGUAUCACUGUCUUCUGCCUCCACAUCUUGUCCCAUGGGAAGGUCUUCAGGGACAACAUUAUUUUUUUAAAUAUAAGUAGAGGGAGCACACUCUAAUAUAAUGAUAAAAAGUAUAGUACAAUUAAACAUAUAAACCAGUGACAUAGUCAUUUAUCAUCACUAUCAAGUAUUACGUACUGGACAUAAUUGUAUAUGCUAUACUUUUAUACGACUGGCAGUGCAGUAGGUUUGUUUAUGCCAGGAUCACCACAAACAUGCGAGUAAUUCAUUGUUCUACAACAUUAAGAUACUUACAGUGUCAGUAGGCAAUAGGAAUUUUUCAGAUCCAUUAUAAUCUAAUGGGACCACCAUUGUAUAUGACUGUAUAUGUAAAUCAGACCAAGUCACUCUUCCCAUUUUAUUCAGAGUGAGAAACCUUAGAAAAAUAUAACCAUUAAAAUAGAAAAACACUUUAGAGAAACAUUCUAGAAAAACACUUUGGGAAAACAAGUCAGAAAAACAUUUACCAGAUGGACAGUACCCCACCCGGGUGUGUCAACAGAUGGACAGGAGUCCGGGUCCGGGUGUGGUUAUCAGGGACACCAGAUGUCCAGGGUAGUGUCCCCUACAUUCCCAGAACCAAAGUAGAAAAACAUUUCCAGGAAAUACCCCUUCCCGCCUGUGAGCCCCAAGACCAACCAGUGUGGGACAGCUGGGUCAGGCCAUAAUUGAAAACCAAUCAGUUGCUUCCAAACCUCGCGCCUUGAACCUUUUCAAAUGUGUGAACCAAUCAACUUAUUGUACCCCACCCUGUUCUAAUUUGUAACCUCCCCCUGUGUGACUUUGUGGUUUUUUGCCUUUAUAAGCAGUGUGUAACAGCCGUUCGGGGUCUCUCGGCCUCUUGUGCUGGGGACCCUAGCGCACUAGCAAUAAAGGGUAUCUCUUUGCUGUGACCCCCGUGUCGAGUGGUCUCUCGCG